UGUCCACGUAACGAUAUUUUCCGCUCUGUCAUACUCUGUGUUCGUCUUCUAGCAUAUAUAUAAGUCGAUUGUUAAAGAUAUUUUGGAACGGUUCCUAACUAAAUAAGGAUGUGUUUUAAUAUGGAAUGACGGAAAUUUUCAUCAUGAAUCACGGAAUUGAAACACGUGUCGAAGAAUUGUCGACUGUUGUACUGUUUUUGAUCGAAAACAACACGGAAAAUAAUGAAUCUUCUUUCUUGGAUCUAGGACCAAAAAUGGAACCGUUGUACAUUGCCAUACCGAUGACAUUUGUUUACGCAAUUAUUUUAAUUACGGGAAUGAUCGGAAAUGUGUGCACGUGUGUAGUAAUUACUCGUAACAAAUACAUGCACACUGCAACUAAUUACUAUCUUUUCAAUCUUGCAAUAUCCGAUUUAUUGUUAUUGAUUAUGGGACUUCCUCAAGAAAUGUAUCAACUUUGGGUACGUUAUCCUUACGUUUUUGGUGAAUUUUUUUGUAUUUUUAGAGGUCUAACGUCCGAAACUUCUACAAAUGCUUCGAUUUUAACUAUAACUUCUUUUACAGUCGAAAGAUAUUUAGCAAUUUGUCAUCCUCUUCGUGCUCAAACUAUGUCCAAACUCUCUAGAGCCAUAAAAUUUAUAAUUGUAAUAUGGAUAAUGGCAGCUCUGUUUGCAACUCCAUUAGUAAUCCAAUUUGGAAUUGUUGUAGAUACUUUAAAUGAUGUUGUCAUUACAGAUACAACUAUUUGUACAGUUAAAAAUCCUUUAAAACACGCUUUCGAAAGUUCCACUUUUUUAUUUUUUAUUUUGCCAAUGACUAUAAUUUCGGCUCUUUACGUGUUAAUUGGAUUGAAAUUACGCGAAUCUUCAAAUUUAUCUCGUUGUGUUCCCACCGAUUCUGCUCCUAAAACUAAUGGGUGGAGAAGAAAUGCUAGUUCUUCAAUACACGUUGAUAGAAGGCUCAUUUCCAAGCAUGGGAUCAACAGACAGACGUCUUCAUCUAGACAAGCCGUUAUUAAGAUGUUGGUUGCUGUUGUGGUUGCAUUCUUCAUCUGUUGGGCACCAUUCCACGCACAACGAUUAAUGGCCGUAUACGCCAUGGAAAAAACACCCACAAAUAUAGUCAUAUAUUCGGUAUUGACAUAUAUUUCUGGCAUUACAUACUACGUUAGUUCUACUAUAAAUCCUAUACUUUACAGUAUCAUGUCAUUAAAAUUUCGUCACGCUUUUCGCGAUACUCUAGCACGUUGUUUCGGUCGUAAAAAGAAUAAAGGAAUCAGAAAUUUAAAUUCUAGAUAUAAUAGUACAAUACGUUCUACAGAUUUUACAUUAAUUUCAGACUGUUUACAUACUGAUAAAGAUAUAAAAACCUCUCGAUUCUUGUCACGAACUAAUACUAAUCCCGUAUUCCGUAUACACGACUGUAAAGAAGAUAAAAUAACAAACAUUAAUUCAAUCAAUAAUAGUAAUUUACAUAUGAUGGAUGAUAACGUCUGCGAUGAUAAUGAAUUAUCCGAAUCUAUGGCUAAAUUAAGAAGUAAUCGUGGUUAAAUAUAGAAGAAAAAUUUAACAGAUACACACCUUUUUUUUAUAAUAAAAAGGAAGAUAUUUAAUACAAUUAAAUAAGCCUUCGAGAGUGAAAAUAGAGAAGUUGCGGCCGAAGUUUUCAACGCGAAAACCUGUACGUUUGACAAUGACGUU